UAAUCUGUUUAGUCUGAUGGCUUGAUGCUUGUAUCUUCUUGAUCUCUGCCUAGCGACCGAAAUAGUCCAGCAGAACAAAGAAGGAAAAUUCCUUUGGCUGGAUGGAGCAGUUUCAGCAGACUGGAGAAGUCCUGGGGAGCCUCAAGGCUCUGAUGGUGUUCCGGGAAGAGAUACGCAUGAACCAGCGCCAGUGCUGCCUGCUGGUGGACGCCUUCAACACUGCCUUCGAGGGGAUUGCCGAUGAGCUCCGACACCACCUGAGAUUCGAGGAGAAGCUCACUAAGUGGAAGGCCCUCGAGCAACCUUUCAAGGAGCUGCACCGCAUCUUCCGAGAGGGGGAGAAGUAUAUCAAGCAGUGCCUCGAGCCCAAGGACUGGUGGGGGAAAGCCAUCGCCCUCAGUCAGAGCACAGACUGCGUCGAAUUCCAUCUCCACAACCUUCUGUGGUGCAUUCCUGUCGUGCUAGAGGCGAUCGAGAAUGUCGGAGAAAUGACGGGGUGUGAUCAAGAAGAGAUCCAUCAGAAGAGGAUUAUGUUCUCAAAGAAGUAUGAGAGGGAGUGGAUGGAACCGAAGCUCUUUCAGCAUAAGUUUGGUAAAUUGUACCUAGUUUCACAAGAUAUUUGUAGUAGGAUGGAUAGUGCUUGGAAAGAGGAUAGGUGGAUUUUGUCGGAAAUGAUAGCCGAGAAGAGAAGUGCAGGGUCGAAACCAAUGACAAAACAAGAGAACCGGCUUGCAGAGUUGCUGAUGGGUCCCAAAGGGAAGCUUUUCGCAGCUUCGAUCCUCAUGGGAUCACAGGACUACCAAGUGAGAAGGCGAUUUGGGACGAGUAACUACAAGGAAGUCCAGUGGAUGGGGGAGAGCUUUGCUGUGAAGCAUGUCAUUGGGGAGAUUGAGCCACUAAUGAAUGAAAUCUCUCUUUUAUCAUCGAUCAAUCACCCAAAUGUGAUGCAUUAUAUGUACUCAUUCUAUGAUGAAGAGAAGAAAGAGGGCUUUCUGCUCAUGGAUCUCAUGAGCAAGGAUCUCUCCAGUCAUAUCAAAGAAAUCUGUAGCUCGAGGAGAAGAAUCCCCUUCCCUGUAAUGGUGGCAGUGGACAUAAUGCUUCAGAUUGCAAGAGGAAUGGAGUAUCUGCAUUCAAGGAAGAUAUAUCAUGGGGACUUGAACUUCUCCAAUGUCUUGGUCAGGCUAAGGAAUUCUUCUCCUGAUGGUUAUUUGCAUGUAAAGAUUGCUGGCUUUGGGCUGUCAGCUUUGAAGAACUCAAAAUUUUCAGCAAACCAAGCAGCUACCAUGAAUUCAUGCAUCUGGUAUGCCCCAGAGGUUCUCUUAGAGCAGGAGCAGUCAGGGGACGCUGGUAGUAGUAAGUACACAGAGAAAGCAGAUGUUUAUAGCUUUGCAAUGAUAUGCUUCGAGUUGCUGACAGGAAAGGUUCCCUUUGAAGACAAUCAUCUUCAGGGAGAUAAGAUGAGCAAGAACAUAAGGGCUGGCGAGAGGCCGUUGUUUCCAUCUCAAUCUCCGAAAUAUCUCACCAACCUAACAAAAAGAUGCUGGCAUGCUGAUCCUUCACAGCGGCCAAGCUUCUCUUCUCUUUGUAGAGUUCUCCGUUAUGUCAAGCGGUUUCUGAUUUUGAAUCCUGAUCAUGGCCGGCCUGAUUCAGUGGUACCUCCGGUGGAUUACCUUGAUAUUGAAACGAGUCUGUCUAAGAGAUUCACGAACUGGGCAAGAAAAGAAACUAUCCAGGUCUCCGAAAUUCCUUUUCAGAUGUAUGCCUACAGGGUUAUAGAGAGGGAGAAAACUAGUGCUAAUUUCAAGGAUAAAAGUUCAGAGUCUGGAAGUGAGGAGGCAUCAAUUUGUGGAUAUGAGAAUGCAUUUGGUACAAUUCUCACAGAAGAUGUGUUGUCCACCAGUAUGGCUUCGGUGAGGUUAUCGUCUCAGGUGACUCCCGACUCUAACAAGAAAACCUCGGCGAGGAAAGUUAAUGGGAAGGCCAACAAGCAAACAGGACAGCACCAAAAAGGGAGAACAUUGAAGCCAGCGCAGCUAAACUGUGGGAGCAGUUUGCGGAUGAACUCUGGGAGCCAGCUGCCAACAGUCGCAAUGAACCCAAGGCGAAGGAUAUCUGGCCAUGUCUCAGAUUGAGAAAUAGCACAGGUCUUAAAGCCCAUACUAGGAUCAAAAGCUCAUUAUGCUUCAAAGAAGUGGCACGGGGUAGUUAUAGUCAGCAGCACACCAAGUACGUGUGCAGAUCCUGUAUACUGAGCUUCCUUCUUGCAGAGCAUAACUCAUUGUUUAAAACCCAGUUGCAAUGCAUGAUACACAAAUGAUAAACAGUGUCAUGAUGCAGCAUUUUGUAACGCAAGUUUUUCAUAACCUUGUGUUACAAAUGCCGCUCCAUACCUGCACUAACAGCAGGAUGCAAUUUUAAUUCUGCACAAUCGUGAGUGCGAAAUCUCCCUGUUGGAAACCAAGAAAACCAAAACAGCUACAUGUCUUUUUGAGUCGCAUUUUAUUUAGCAGCUUUUCAAUUCUUCAUUGUAGUGUCAGAACAUUCUCUAUAGACUGCUUCCUUCUGUAGUACCAACAUGUAUUCUUGGUCAUACCUGGUUCCAUUUUCCUC